UGGCGCGAUGGCGGCGGCGGCAAUGGUGGCGGCGGCGGGCGGUGGCGACUUCUCGGAUCUGCGGGAAAUCAAGAAGCAGCUGCUGAGCGUGGCGGAACGGAGCCGUGAGCGCGGGCUGCAGCACAGCGGGAAGUGGGCUGCUGAACUUGCAUUCGCCCUGGAGCCACUGCCACUGAGCGAGCUGCCGCCUCCCCCCGUGCUCACUGAGGAGGAUGCUCGUGAUCUGGAUGCCUACACAUUGGCCAAGUCUUACUUCGAUCUCAAGGAAUAUGACAGGGCUGCCUACUUUUUACAGGGCUGCAAGAGCCAGAAAGCUUACUUCUUGUAUAUGUACUCCAGAUAUCUGUCAGGGGAAAAGAAAAAGGAUGAUGAGACAGUUGAUAGUUUGGGACCUCUGGAAAAAGGACAAGUGAAAAAUGAAGCUCUACGAGAAUUGAGAGUUGAGCUCAGCAAGAAACACAAGGCACAGGAACUGGAUGGAUUUGGCCUUUAUCUAUACGGUGUUGUGCUGCGGAAACUGGACCUGGUGAAAGAAGCAAUAGAUGUGUUUGUUGAAGCUGCUCAUGUCCUGCCUUUGCACUGGGGAGCCUGGCUGGAACUUUGCAACUUGAUUACAGAUAAAGAGAUGCUGAAGUUCCUGUCCUUGCCAGAUACAUGGAUGAAAGAGUUCUUUCUUGCACACAUUUAUACAGAGCUGCAGCUGAUAGAGGAAGCUCUGCAGAAGUAUCAGUCUCUCAUUGAUGCAGGAUUUUCCAAAAGCACUUAUAUCAUCUCUCAGAUUGCAGUUGCCUACCACAAUAUAAGAGAUAUUGACAAAGCUUUAUCCAUUUUUAAUGAGCUGAGGAAACAAGAUCCUUACAGGAUAGAAAACAUGGACACUUUCUCCAACUUGCUCUAUGUAAGGAGCAUGAAGCCUGAGUUGAGCUACCUGGCUCAUAAUCUCUGUGAAAUAGACAAGUACCGUGUUGAGACCUGCUGUGUAAUUGGAAAUUAUUAUAGCUUGCGUUCCCAGCAUGAAAAAGCAGCACUCUAUUUCCAGAGGGCCUUGAAACUGAAUCCUCGUUAUCUAGGAGCCUGGACACUUAUGGGACAUGAGUAUAUGGAAAUGAAGAACACAUCUGCAGCUAUCCAGGCUUAUAGGCAUGCAAUAGAGGUGAACAAAAGGGACUACAGAGCAUGGUAUGGCUUGGGACAAACCUAUGAAAUCCUCAAAAUGCCAUUUUACUGUCUCUACUACUACCGACGGGCCCACCAGCUCAGACCAAAUGAUUCUCGUAUGCUGGUUGCUCUAGGAGAAUGCUAUGAGAAACUCAAUCAGUUGGUGGAAGCUAAGAAGUGCUAUUGGAGAGCUUAUGCUGUGGGAGAUGUGGAGAAAAUGGCACUUGUGAAACUCGCCAAGUUGCAUGAACAGCUGAACGAAUCUGAGCAGGCAGCUCAAUGCUACAUCAAAUACAUCCAGGAUAUCUAUUCCUGUGGGGAGGUAGUGGAGCACCUGGAGGUCAGCACUGCAUUUCGUUACCUGGCCCAGUACUACUUCAAAUGUAAGCUUUGGGAUGAAGCCUCAGCAUGUGCUCAGAAAUGCUGUGCCUUCAAUGAUACUAGAGAAGAAGGAAAGGCCCUGCUGCGCCAGAUCUUACAGCUUCGCAACCAAGGAGAAACAUCAUCCACAGAUGUUGCUGCUCCCUUUUUCCUUCCUGCAUCCUUGUCAGCCAACAACACUCCCACACGUCGUGUCUCCCCUCUCAAUCUGUCUUCUGUAACACCAUGAACAAUUCUGAUACUUCUAACUUGUGUAUUGGGUGUGACAUUGCAGAUGGGACAUGCAACCACUUACUUCUUUCUAGGGAAAUUCCUCCUUUUGUUGUUACCCUCACAUGAAGGGAAGGAGUUAGCAGAGUCCACAGCUGAAGACAGACGGGUCCCAACAGGGAAAGGGGAGCCUCAUGGGAAAGUGCCUGUGCUGCAAUGUGAGAACCUACUCUACUUCUCACCAAGUCAUUCCAGUCAGAGGGCAGACAUGUCCCACUACACAGGACUACUCCUAAACGAGGCAUUGGGAAGAGCUUGUCUGCUUGAGUUAAAAUACAUCUUAAGUUUGAUUCUGCCAAGUUAUCUCUGAUCUUUACUGCACUUCUUUGGAGGACCUCUUAGUGGUAUCACUGCUGUCCUCAUCCGAAACUGUUACCUACCUGUCUAGGUAACGACUUUUGCUUGUCUUGAACUACACAGGAGACGUUUCAUUAAAGCAGUAAAAUAGGUACUUAAAGAUAGGUCCCAUGGGUAUGUUAAAGGAUUGGCAAAUGUCAGAGGAAUCCCAAGUAGCUACAGGUGACAGCUGUCUGAGUUCUCACUGUAGGUCUGAUGGAUAGUUUUGGCUUUCAGUAGAAAAGCACUUGGGAUAGCACAAUUAAAAAAUAAUGAAGUUACAGUUCUUGGGCUUCUUUAUGGUGCAUCUUCUAUGUGUUUUGUAGCAAUGGAAUCAAAUGAACUAUAAUGGAUCAUUUUGUUAAGGAGGCAAGAAGAUAAUUAUGCCUUUGUUUCACAAUUAGUGUCCUUGUUCACCCCUAUAAAUUUACAGCCACAUCCCUAUGUCCGUGGCAUGACUUUAAAUCAAGAACAAAGCAUUUAAAAAACCCUUCCCAUUUAGCCAUAGCUUCCUGUGUUUCAUGAGACCAAUUGUACAGGUGGGCACAUCAGGAAACCUGCGGGUCACAGCCCAGGGCCCUCUGUACAAUGCAUUUGCAACAUGUCCAUGGACCAGAGGGAAACCAUGUUCUUAGUUCUGGGCAUCUCUAGAAGGUACUGUCUUGUUUUAUGUCCUAUAGUGUCCAUUCAACAAACAUUUUUACUGCAGAUGGUUUUAAACAGUAAAACUGGAUCUUGAUGUAUUUUGCAAGAACUCGCCUAAUUCCAUGCAAACCUGAGGAUAUCAAUGAGACCAUUUAUAAAAUUGCUGUCACUAGGGGCAAAUUGUGCUUGAUAAACUUGGUACUGGCGCUGUG